AUGCCAAUACCGGAUGAGAUUCUGGCGCAGGAGGAGGGGACAGAAUCGGCAAAUAUGGCUGAGCCAGGUGGGCAACAGGCCAUGGGUGCUGGGGCACGAGAGAUAGCAGGGACAAGUUUGCGUAAACUGUUAGUUGGUUCGUCGAGUGAAAGAAAUAGAGUGGAUAGCCUACCCGGAAGAGUAAGGUGGGAAGAUGGAUUGGCUAAUAAAGUGGAAUAUGACCCUGCCGGUAAUAUCAAGACUAUAAUACCUGGCCUUCUUGCUGAAGCUCAUGGAGGAGUUCUAUACGUUAAUGGGAUUAAUCUGUUAGAUGAGGGCAUUAGUAAUUUGCUUCUUAAUGUGUUGACUGAGGGAGUUAAUAUUGCGGAAAGAGAAGGGAUCAGCUUUCGACAUCCAUGCAAGCCACUUUUGAUUGCUACUUAUAACCCAGAAGAGGGUGCUGUACGGGAACAUUUGCUGGACCGGAUUGCAAUCAAUUUGAGUGUAGAUCUUCCAAUGAGUUUUGAAGAUCGUGUUGCAGCUGUUAAAAUUGCAACACAGUUUCAGGAACAUAGUAAUUAA